AUGCAACCGCUCACCGCGCUCCUUAUACUGGUCGCGUGCCAGUGUUUAUACGCACACCAGCAUCCGCGCACGCCGCGACAUCAUAUCAAAGACACUUUACAUGCGUUAAUUGGAAAUCAAAGUAAACCCGUGCAUCGCAUAGUCUCUUGUACGAGAAAAUUGGGUGUUCCAAAAUGUGUCGGUGCUUUAGGAGUCUGGCGUGCAGAACGAGCCCUCAGAUCUUUACAACAAGACUCGACAUCAAGCUUCAACCUGACUGAGGAUGUAGAAGAAUUCCCCUGGAAGAAAUAUACCAAUGAAACCAACAAGCAGAUACAAGAACAGCUUCUUGAUAACACACAAAGAUUGCUACAAUAUCGGUCUAUGAGUUUGGAUAUGAUAUCUGGUUACUCAGCAAAACUGACCUCAAAAAAGAACAGAUCCUUAUGUAUCGACUUUUACCGAAGCACUGAAGACGAAGGCCGAUCCAGUAUGAAAAAAAUUCAGAAAGAGUUUUAUAAAAUUGCUCCAAUUUUGUUAUUACCUGGACUGUUAAUAUCAGCCCUCUUGCCAUUUGUUCUGCCUAGUUUAAAGAUGAUGGUACUCAUGGUUGGAUUCAUGAACCAGAUGGCCUUAGUAGGUGCUAUAUUUACAAUUUUAAGAAAUAAUGCUUUUAAUGACAAAUAUGACCACAAAGUAAUUUAUGUCAAUAGUGGCUAUGAAAACGAGAAACUUCAAUUGUCACCUUCAAAUAAUGAAGAGCAUUUUCACACAGAUCACGUAGGUAUUUUGUAUGAUGAUUACAAAACACGUUCACCGAUUAAACCUAUUGUUAACUCUCAUUUUGAAGAUAAUUUUGGUGAUUUUGAAGAAAUGUCACCAGUGUCAGUAAACCCUAAAUGGAUUAAAGAUUAUACGGAUGGUAAAAUGAUAGCAAUGUUAAGAAAACAGCCAAAUGAUGAUUUAUUUUUUAAUGGCGGAAUGUCUGGUAGACGAUCGAAAAUUGAAAACGUAAACUAG